CCGGACUGAGGAAAACAAAAUUGGAACGCCGAGCCAAGUGAAAUAAGCGUUUCCUGUCACUCGAGUGUUUAUUUAUUUUAUUUAUUUAUUUAUUUUUACAUUACCAACAAAAUAAGCAACUGUGCAGUCACACUGAGACUGCAGAAAUCAGUCCUCACCUGCUAGCUGGCAUUGUGAAACAGCUGGUUAACAGACUAGCAUGCUAACAGGGUAAGCGUGAAGUUAAUGAUUUGCUUACCUAGUCAUCAGCUGUUGUUGGUUUUGUUAGGUAGGUUAGAUAAAGGGUCGAGAGCGCAAACAGCCAAGCAGAUGAGAGAACAUGACAUCGCUUAAAUUUUGCGCCAACAUCUCGUGGUUGUUCACGGAGCUGCCCGAGGUGAGUGAGAGAGUGCGAGCAGCUGCGCGUGCAGGUUUCCAGGCUGUGGAGGCGGCUUGGCUGUACGGCUCUGACCUGAGAGAGCUGCACACAGUCCGAGAGGAAACAGGGGUGCAGGUGGCUCUUAUUAACACUCCCCCGGGUGAUGUAAAGAAUGGAGAGCUGGGCCUGGGUGCUGUGCCGGGGAGAGAGCAGGAUUUCAGACAGGGGUUGGCUCAGGCUGUAGAGUAUGCUAAAGCACUGGAUUGCAAGAGGAUCCAUGUGAUGGCAGGGCGAGUACCUGCAGGCGCACAGCUGUCUGAGGUUGGUAUGGAAAUGGAAGCCACCUUUGUGCAGAACCUGAAACAUGCAGCUGAUAUUCUAUCAAAGGAGGGCAUUAUGGGAUUGAUUGAGCCCAUCAACACAAGGAUAACUGACCCUCAAUACUUCCUGGCCUCGCCACAUCAGGCGGCUGCAAUCCUUCAGAAAGUUGACCAUCCAAACAUCAAGCUGCAGAUGGACAUUUUCCACUGGCAGAUAAUGGACGGGAACCUGACACAGAAUAUCCGGAGAUAUUUCCCCUUAAUAGGUCACAUCCAGAUUGCUCAAGUUCCUGAUCGCCAUGAACCUGAUAGUCCUGGAGAGAUCAACUUCCCCUACAUCUUUAAGCUGCUGGAGGAACUGGGCUACCAGGGAUACGUGGGUUGCGAAUACAAACCUCUGGGUUCCACAGAAGAAGGCCUGGGUUGGGUGAAAAAAUACUGGGAGAGUAAACACUGACAAGUCACAUGUCUAAAACCACACCCUAUUCACUACAUAGUGCACUAAUUUUGGACGCAGUGAUUUUGUAAAAUCCAACAAAGCACCACAAGAAGUAGCUUCCAAAUGAUGUACCCUAAUUCAUAUGGAAUAUCCACAAUGAAAAUCCAAACUCUGGACCAAUGACAGCAUUUAUUUAAAUGGAGUCCAUGUAAUAAAAUGUGUGCUUUAGGACACAGCCACAACGGUCUGAUGCUGGUGAAACUAGAGCUCCAGACAAAAUUAUAGAUGAUUGUGAUUUGAUUGACCUGUGUUAAUAAAAUCAUUGUCACUGUGCACUGUUGAGGAGUUGUCUCACUAAAACAUAGUAACUCCCAGACAUGCUAACACUACAGCAACCACGUUACUAAAUUACAACUCUAGUUACUGAGUCUGAUGUAGUCUACCAUGUGGCCUAUAUAGUGUAUAGAGAGUGUGGUUUGGGACCAGUCCCAGGUUUCAGUGUUAUUAGAAUAUAAUGGGGCUGUUUCUGUCAGCUACCUGCUGUCAGCAACAUUUAAUCUAGGAGGAAAUCUCUUACUCACAUAUACAGGGGGAUUUAGCACAUCUCGCAUGCUUUGCAGAAACUAAGGACAGAAAAUGUGGGUACAUUUUCUGAAAUUGGGGCAGUAAUUACACAUAGAUUUACUGAUAGGACUGUUUGGAUGGAGCCUUUUGUCUGGAACGAUAAAAGUCUAGAACUGAGCGCUUUGUUGAGGACUGACUGUACGUCAAUACGUAGUCGGGAGUAAUUCAAGGAAAUUGCUAUGAUGUACAAGUUUCACAAUGUAAUAUUAUGUUAGGAAAAGGACAAUAGGGGCAUUCGGUGCAACAACAGAGUGUUGUGGCAGAUUUUUAAUAACCAUGUGCACUUGUGUGUAUAAAUCGUUCUCAAAUUGGUCAUCAGUGUAAUUUUUCCAACCGUAGGAUGCUGUUGACUUGAAACUCUGCUGCUUUCACAGACUUCCCAUAGUCUUAAAAUAGAUUUAUGAAUUUUAAGGUCAUCAUAUCUGUCAAUAUGUUGUAUUUUAAUUAUUAGGUCUUGAAUUUUGAGCCUUAACAUCUUGUUAGACCUGUAAUCACAAAUGAUCUUUUGAGAUUUUUUUCUGGUUUCUCAUUUUACAUUUUCUGUGUUUUACACACCUAAUGCUGGGUUUACUUAACAUUUGUGUAAUUUUGGGGGCAAGCAGACAAGAAAAUUAGAGUAAAAAUGCAAUAGUACCAUA